GGGCUGUUUCCUCGUCUUGGGAAAAUACACUGCUUUGGAGGGGGUGGGGCUAAGGAAAGUACCGGUUAAGGGUUGCAGGUGUGGCAUCUGCGGUUUAGAGCAUGUCCUCUGCAAAUAAAAAUCUAAGGCUUGUUAGUUUGCUCAGAUAGUCAUAAAGUAGUUUGUUGCUCUCUAGGAAAGGAAUGUAGAAAUAUUUGUAAGCUUCUGUUGUUAGAAGCAUCCUGGUUUGUGUUUUGAUACAAAAUUUAAAAAUAGGAGUCUAGUUGUGCAGGUAUUGUUGUCUGCAAACUGGGUUCACUUGAAGGUGCUUAUUGGUGCACCUGGAAAGACAAUGGGAGAUAACCAAAUGUUUCAGUUUUUCUGUUGAAAAUACCAUCUUUAAGAAUUAGCAGGCCUCACAGGACGGAGCUGUACGACCCCCCCCCGCCGGGGUGCUGGCCCAUCGUGUAUUCUCCAGACUACAACAUCACCUUCAUGGGACUUGAGAAGCUGCACCCCUUUGAUGCAGGGAAAUGGGGGAAAGUCAUCAAUUUCUUGAAAGAAGAAAAAUUAAUUGCAGAUGACUUGAUUGUGCAGGCACGGGAGGCGACUGAUGAAGAUCUCUUGGUUGUUCACACCAGGCGCUACCUUAACAAAUUAAAGGUGCUGUACCUGUUCAUGUGUGUGUCCAGCAAACUGUCCAGAUGGUCAUUUGUUGUGGCUACAAUCACAGAAAUUCCACCAGUUGCCUUUCUUCCCAAUUUUGUUGUUCAGAGAAAAGUUCUGAAACCUCUACGAACCCAGACAGGAGGAACAAUAAUGGCAGGGAAGCUUGCUGUGGAUAGAGGCUGGGCCAUCAAUGUGGGAGGUGGUUUCCAUCACUGCUCCAGUGACAAAGGGGGAGGAUUUUGUGCAUAUGCUGACAUCACACUGGCCAUCAAGUUCUUAUUUGAGAGAGUACAAGGAGUGUCUAGAGCCACAAUUAUUGAUCUGGAUGCCCAUCAGGGAAAUGGCCAUGAGAGGGACUUUAUGGAUGAUCCUCGGGUUUAUAUUAUGGAUGCAUACAAUAGAUAUAUUUACCCAGGGGAUGGUUUUGCUAAACGUGCCAUAAAACGCAAAGUGGAGCUGGAGUGGGGCACAGAGGACACUGAGUACCUGCAGAAGGUGCACACCCACGUGGAAGGAGCCCUGAAUGAGUUCAAGCCUGACAUAGUUGUUUACAAUGCUGGCACUGACAUUCUGGAUGGGGAUCCCCUGGGAGGCCUGGCCAUCUCCCCCCAGGGCAUUGUGAGGAGGGACGAGCUGGUGUUCAGGGCUGCCAGGAGCCGCGGGGUCCCCGUGCUGAUGGUGACAUCUGGGGGCUACCAGAAGAGAACAGCGCGGAUCAUCGCUGACUCCAUCCUCAACCUGCACAGCCUGGGGCUCCUGGGCACGGGGCAGGCAGCGUGUGCACUUGGGAGUCCCAGCCUGGAUCAGAUGGUCAGAGACUCUGCCAAGGACUUCAGCAACUUGUCACUGCAGUGACAGGUCACUGGAUGUUAGUCAUAUAACCCAGAGGCAAUACAGAGUAAUGCCUGAGUUUAUCUUGAGCUAAGGCAACACAACCUUUUAAGCUAAUUGAGAUAUGCACUAAAGGAUACUGUCUUUGUGUCUAAUAUUGCUGUAGAAAGCUUAAUUUGCUUCUCUAAUUGGGGGGGGGGGGGGGUGGGGGUGGGGGGGUGUGGUCGGUCCUGUUAUAUUGGAAGAACUGUGCAGUUGGUUUCCAAAGACUGUCUCAGACCUGUUUCAGAUGGUGCAGCAUGGUCUGAGGUAGGAGGAGUAUGGACUAAAGCUACUGUUUUGUGGGGUUUUUUAAAUACUGCGUUUUAUUUAUUACUUUUAAAAUUGAAAUACUGUUAUAAAAUGAGUUCUGGGCAGACUUCAACUGUCAGUUUUAACACUAAAGGGAAGUGCAAUACUGUAAAAGCCAGGGCUGUUUGUUUAUGGCUUUGAAGCCAUAGGCAGUUAGAAGGAAUGUUUGUAAAUUCAUAAUUUAUUCCUUUUGAUAGUGUCUGAAGUCUUGCUCAUAAACACCUUGUGAAAUCGAGUAUGAAACACCAUUGGAUCCAUAUGCAAAUGAGCCAUAAGGGCUGACCAAUACCAGUCUGGUGUUCAAGGUGAGUUCUGCAUGUCACAAGCAAUAGUUCCUGUGCACUGCAGCUCACAGAGAAAGUACAGUCCAGUGAAAACUGAUCUAGCAGUUCUCAGCAACCCUGCAGGAAAAACUAUGUAGAAAUACAGGCUGUCUUAUUAUUGCCAGCUUGCCAUGUAUAAAACAGUGUGGAGUACAUUUAAAUAAUUUUUCCCCAUCUACUCCUGUGUUUUCACUUGCUCAGAGAUCAGUGGUACUUCUAGUUGCAGUCAUAGUUGGUAAGCAAGUCCUUCAUUAUUCUUGUUCCUCAAGGAAUGCAGUGACAUUUCUACAUUAAGGUAAAGUCCUGACUUUGUAUGGAGCUUUUAGGAGAACAAAAUUUUUUGAGAACAAAAUAGUGUAUUCAAGGCAGAUUCAGUUGCACUACCUGGGAAGUUUGGCUUUGUUCAAGUUGGUAUAUUUUGCAUUGGGUACUGUUUGUAGCAGUCGGUUGCAAAUGUACUAAACUGUGUAUUUUGCAAGAGCUUUUAGAACUUUCACUGAUUUGUACUACAAGUUUUACGUCAUGUUUAGGUUGGAGCCGUCCUGUGAAGGAGCACCAGGAUUUUCCUUGAAGUAGAGUUGUGUGUAAGCUAUUUUAGGGAAAGUUUAAUUCUAAUACUUACCUCAUUUAGUGUUCAUGUUUAGAUCAUGGAGUUUGUCCAUUGUAGGAAUCGCAUAACUGCUAUAAACACUUGUUUUAAACAAGAUCUGACCUAUUGCACUAAGCUUGAGUUGCUACACUGGGAUUAAAGAGCACUUUUAAAUUUCUUACUAGAAGGACCGUCAGAGUAGGAAUAAUGUUGAGUUCUAUUUUUUCUAUACUGUCUGACAUUACUGAAAGAUGUUGUUAUUCUUUCAUAUAAUUUUUAUAAAAAUCUAGAUUUCAUUUCUAUGAACUUAACCCUCGUCAUAGCACCAUAUGGUCUUCCCCCAAACAUUUGCUGUUUGUGUUAACAUGUUUCUAUAGUUUUCCCUCAGUGGAGAUUAAAAUUAUGUUGAACAAUG